UGAUGGGAGGGGGUUUCAUCAUGGCUGACAUCAUCAAUGAAACAGAGAAACGUUAUUUGUCAGCAGCAGCAACAGAAGCGCCACAGGAAGCAGAGAGACGACCACAGACAGACUGCUGCACACAUACACGUACGACAGCAAUGACUUCCUAAAUUCAGAUUUCACCAGUACCAAAAUACAUUAAAAGCGACAGGACUGAACCAGGACAGUGUAUGAUGGAGAAACAGCCGUACUUGUCUGGACCAGACGGUGCGGUGCCGCCGCCGGUGCCCAGAAAACCGCGAACGCUUGCAACAGGAAACAUUGCAUCUCGACAGGACAGCGUCGAUUCAUUAGAGAGCCCUGGAUCUCAUGUUGAAUGGUGCAAACAGCUGAUAGCAGCCACUAUCUCAAGCCAGAUCUCCAGCCCGAUGGCUCCAGAUGCAGUAAAUCGUGAAUCCAGGAUUGGAAAGAAGAUAGAUUUCAGGUCUCAAGACUCUGAUGAAGAACAUGACUAUCAGUGUGACAGUCUGAGCUCUGAGCUGCCCUUUCACCCUCCGCAGGUAUUCAAAGAUGUACGAAGGCCUGUGCCUAGUGAUGAAGUCCCGUUGGUCCCUGGAGAAACAAUCAAAACAACUGUUAAAGAUGUGAUGUACAUCUGUCCUUUCACUGGAGCUGUGACAGGCACGCUGACGGUCACAGACUACAAACUCAACUUCAUCAGUCUAGAAAGGGAAAUUCCUUUCAUGCUGGAUGUAAACCUCUGUGCCAUUAGCAGACUGGAGACUAUCAGCGUACAAAGUCAUGGAGAAAAUACUACUGGCAUGGAGAUCGUCUGUAAGGAUAUGAGAAGCCUCAGGUUUGCCUAUAAAAAGGAUGAGCAGAGUAAGCAGGAGAUUUUGGAGACUUUGACCAAGUAUGCUUUCCCCCUGUCCAAUGAACUGCCCCUCUUUGCAUUCCAAUACAAGGAAGAGUUUCCAGUGGAUGGAUGGAAGGUUUAUGAUCCGGUGACGGAGUACAAAAGAAUGGGUUUGCCAACUGAGAGCUGGACAGUCCGUAAGAUCAACAGUAAUUAUGAAGUGUGUGACACUUAUCCUGCCUUACUUGUUACUCCUAAAAGCAUUGAAGAUGAUGAGAUCAAACGAGUGGCAUCUUUCAGAGCCAAACAUCGCAUUCCGGUCCUCUCCUGGAUCCACCCAGAAACUCAGGCUACUAUAGUGCGCUGUAGUCAGCCUUUGGUGGGACCCAAUGAUCGUCGGUGUAAGGAAGAUGAGCAUUACCUUCAAACCAUCAUGGAUGCCAAUGCACAGUCCCAUAAACUCACCAUAUUUGAUGCCCGGCAAAACACUGUAGCUGAUAAUCAUAAGGCUAAAGAUGGAGGUUAUGAGAAUGAGAAUUUCUAUCUCAACAUGGAGCUCAAUUUCUUGGAGAUCCCAAACAUUCAUGUGAUAAGAGAGUCUCUGCGUAAGCUGAAAGAGGUGGUUUACCCCACCAUCGACGAUCAACGCUGGCAUUCAUCCAUAGAUGCCACACACUGGCUGGAGUACAUUCGAAUUUUGCUUGCGGGUGCAGUACGGAUUGCAGAUAAGGUGGAGUCGAAUAAGAGCUCUGUGGUGGUUCACUGCAGUGACGGCUGGGACCGUACGGCUCAGCUCACCUCUCUGUCCAUGCUGAUGCUGGACUCUUACUACAGAACUCUCCGGGGCUUCCAGGUGCUGCUGGAGAAGGAAUGGAUCAGCUUCGGACACAAAUUCGCUUCGCGUGUCGGUCAUGGAGAUGAAAAUCAUGCAAACUCUGAGCGUUCCCCUCUGUUUGUGCAGUUUAUUGACUGUGUUUGGCAAAUAAUGAGACAGUUUUCCUCUGCCUUUGAAUUCAAUGAGCUCUUCCUCAUCACCAUUCUGGACCACCUCUACAGCUGCCUGUUUGGUACAUUUCUCUACAAUAGUGAACAGGAGAGAGUAGAAAAGGAAGUGAACCGCAAGACGGUGUCUCUGUGGUCUUACAUCAAUAGUCAGCCAGAAGACUUUACUAACCCAUUUUAUGUGGACUAUGAAAACCACGUGCUAUACCCUUCAGUAAGUCUAAGGCAUUUGGAGCUGUGGGUUGGAUAUUACGUGCGCUGGAACCCCCGCAUGAGAUCACAGGUGCCUGUACACCAGAAUCUAAAGGAGCUGUUGUAUUUGCGUACGGAGCUUCAGAAGAGGGUAGAUGAACUUCAAAAAGAAGUAUCUUCAUCAAACUCAGCCUCCUCUUCAUCAGAUCAUGCAUAUUCUCCCUCACAUGGCGGAACGCCCCUACACACCACUGCUUAAAAUACAUAAAAGGUCAAAUCACUGGUAAUGUGACAUCUAUAUGUUCAUUUAUUUUUUACUGAAUAAUGGAUAGGGCAGAAUGUAGAAAGGCCCAGCACUUAAACACUCAGGCAAAAACUUGCAUGAAUACAAAAGUGGACAGUCUUCCACAGAAUAGUUUGUGUAUUUACAGUUUUUAUAGGCAUACUAUUGAACAGAUCAUCAUUUUAAUUUAAGUUAUAAAAUAGCCCAAUUUUUAGCAUGUUAAAUUUCCCUAUAUGUUUUUUUCUUAAUAAUUUAUAAGAAUGUAGCUCAAGUAAUAUGUGUUUUUUUUUUCACUUUUACAGUAUUUUUAUCAUUUGAUUGUUUCUGUGCCAAUCCAGUAUGACUUUUUAUAUUUUUUACACUAGUUUUAUUUAUAAAAUCUUCUUGUAAGAAGAGUAUAACUUGUGUUCAUGUUUAAGGUAGAAUAAAUGAAGUAGGAUAGUUGUUUAAAGAUUAUUUUGUGAUAGAGAAUGAUGAUUGGGUCAGGAGGAAAUACUGCUGUUACUGCCAUUUUUGAGUCAUAAGCACUUGUUAGUAUAAAGAUUGAAGCCUAAUGUUGCAUACUGUACUACUGACAUUUAUGUUUACAUUCACUGUAAUGGAGGGCAAGCGGGUUUGGAGAAUGCACUGUAAAGUAAAAGAGGAAGAAUCAGAACCGUACUCCCUCUGUUGAUCAUGUAUGUUUGUUUUAUAUUUAAAAUCUGUAAAAAAUAAUAAUUAUGCUUGAUCUUUGAGUUAACACAAAGUAUUUCUGAGGAACUUUUUCAUAUUGAGCAAGAAUCCUUUACAAUCUGCAGUUAAAGGGACCCUUGGUGUUUUCAGCAAUAUUAAAGUUUCAGCUCAGAUCUUAAAUUAUACGAUGUUGAACAUUUGUGUAUGCGAUGAAAGACAUGCUGUUUUGUGUGUGUUUCUUUAAAUGCGAAGAAAGCUUCUGUUCCCAUCCCCGAAUGCAAAUUAGGGGGUAGAGCGCUUACACAUGUGCUUUGGACUACAUCAAAACAUGUGUCUCUGGCAGAAAGUUGAAUUACGUGCUCAUAAGGCGGAGUCUGUGAACGAUUAUGGUUGGGGCGUAAUUAAUUUGAUAUCACACACACACAUGUGUGACUAUUGCUGUUUAAAGGAGAUUACACAAAGAAAAUAAGAUGGAUUUGUAUAAUUACAGAAUGUUUCUGCACACACACACUGGAGACUCAUUUUAUUUAAAAGUGCAUUUUCUGGGUUGGGGGCUUUAAGGGUUGCCAACUUUCUGUACUUCCACUUAGAAUUAUUUAAUGAAGGGUUUUUUUACUUUACAAGUGAGCAACAAUUCAGAUCAUUUUAACAAGUCAGGCUAUGCACCUUAAAGGGAUGUUCACCCAAAAAUUCUGUCAUCAUUUACUUACCCUCAUGUUGUUAUAAACCUCUAUGAAUUUCUUUGUUCUGAUGAACACAGGGGAAGAU